AUGGUCAUGGCGCAUUUCGUUGAGAAUUUUUGGGGGGAAAAAAAUAGUGGCUUUGAUGUCCUUUACCAUAAUAUGAAACAUGGACAGAUAUCGACAAAAGAACUAGCAGAUUUUGUAAGAGAAAGAGCUACAAUAGAAGAGGCGUACUCCAGGUCAAUGACAAAGCUAGCAAAAUCUGCAAGCAAUUAUUCACAACUUGGAACAUUUGCACCAGUAUGGGAUGUAUUCAAAACAUCUACAGAGAAAUUAGCAAAUUGUCAUUUGGAUCUUGUUAGAAAAUUACAGGAAUUAAUAAAGGAGGUUCAGAAGUAUGGAGAAGAACAAGUAAAAUCGCAUAAAAAGACUAAAGAAGAAGUUGCAGGAACUCUGGAAGCUGUUCAAGCCAUUCAGAGCAUAACUCAGGCCCUCCAGAAAUCCAAGGAAAAUUACAACGCCAAGUGUGUAGAACAGGAACGUUUGAAAAAGGAAGGAGCUACACAGAGAGAAAUAGAAAAGGCAGCUGUUAAAUCUAAGAAAGCUACAGAUACUUACAAACUCUAUGUGGAAAAAUAUGCAUUAGCAAAAGCAGAUUUUGAACAGAAAAUGACAGAAACAGCUCAGAAAUUUCAGGAUAUUGAACAAACUCAUCUCAUUCACAUAAAAGAAAUUAUAGGAUCCUUGUCAAAUGCUAUUAAGGAAAUUCAUUUGCAAAUAGGCCAGGUCCAUGAAGAAUUUAUAAAUAACAUGGCCAAUACUACAGUUGAAAGCUUGAUACAAAAAUUUGCUGAGUCAAAAGGCACUGGGAAGGAAAGACCUGGCCUUAUUGAAUUUGAAGAAUGUGACCCUGCUAGUGCAGUUGAAGGUAUAAAACCGAGGAAAAGAAAGACUUUUGGUUUACCAGGAAUAAUUAAAAAGGAAAAGGAUGCAGAGUCUGUGGAAUGCCCUGAUGCAGAUUCACUUAACAUUCCUGAUGUGGAUGAAGAAGGCUAUAGUAUAAAACCAGAAACAAAUCAGAAUGAUAUCCUUUUAAACCAUUUCUACUCAUCUAGUGAUUCUGAUUCUGAAGAUGAAGAACCAAAGAAGUAUCGGAUAGAAAUCAAACCUGUGCAUCCAAAUAACUCACAUCACACAAUGGCUUCCUUGGAUGAAUUAAAAGUAUCUAUAGGAAAUAUAACACUCUCCCCAGCAGUAUCUAGACACAGCCCAGUGCAGAUGAAUCGGAAUUCAUCUAGUGAAGAGUUAACAAAAUCAAAGCCAUCUGCUGCAUCCAAUGAGAAAGGGACCAGUGAUUUACUUGCUUGGGACCCCCUGUUUGGACCAUCUCUUGAUUCAUCUUCUUCAGCUUCAUUAACUUCAUCAUCAUCAUCAGCCAGGCCCACAACUCCUCUUUCUGUAGGCACCAUUGUUCCACCUCCAAGGCCUGCUUCCAGACCAAAGCUUACUUCAGGCAAACUCUGUGGGAUUAAUGAAAUACCCAGGCCAUUCAGCCCACCUGUAACUUCUAAUACCAGCCCACCUCCUGCUGCUCCAUUAGCGCGGGCAGAAAGUUCUUCCUCCAUCUCAUCUUCUGCUUCGCUAAGUGCUGCCAAUACCCCCACUGUAGGUGUGUCACGAGGUCCCAGUCCUGUCAGCCUUGGAAGUCAAGACACCCUGCCUGUGGCAAUUGCCCUCACAGAGUCUGUUAAUGCCUACUUUAAAGGGGCAGAUCCCACCAAGUGUAUUGUGAAAAUCACUGGUGACAUGACAAUAUCAUUUCCAAGUGGAGUUAUUAAAGUCUUCACCAGUAAUCCAUCUCCAGCUGUGCUCUGCUUCAGGGUGAAAAAUAUCAGCAGACUAGAACAAAUUCUUCCAAAUGCACAACUUGUGUUCAGUGAUCCAUCACAGUGUGAUUCUAACACAAAAGAUUUCUGGAUGAACAUGCAAGCUGUUACUGUCUACCUCAAGAAGCUAUCAGAGCAAAAUCCAGCUGCUUCUUACUAUAAUGUAGAUGUAUUAAAGUAUCAGGUAUCAUCAAAUGGUAUUCAGUCCACUCCUCUAAAUCUUGCAACAUAUUGGAAAUGCAGUGUUGGCACCACAGAUGUUAGAGUGGAUUAUAAGUACAACCCAGAAGCUAUGGUGGCGCCAAGUGUGCUUUCCAACAUACAGGUGGUGGUACCAGUGGAUGGAGGAGUCACAAACAUGCAGUCCCUUCCCCCUGCAAUAUGGAAUGCAGAACAGAUGAAAGCCUUUUGGAAACUGUCUGGUAUUUCAGAAAAAUCAGAAAAUGGAGGUUCUGGGUCCCUCAGAGCAAAAUUUGAUCUUUCAGAAGGACCCAGUAAACCCACAACACUCGCAGUGCAAUUCCUCAGUGAGGGAAGUACGCUUUCAGGAGUAGACACUGAACUGGUAGGCACUGGCUACAGGCUCUCCUUGGUAAAGAAGCGGUUUGCCACUGGACGAUACCUGGCGGAUUGUUGA